AUGGUGGGAGACAAGGCGAGAGGGGAGAUGAACGCUUUUCAGAGAAACGAAUCCAAGGAAACUUUGUUCACUUUUAUUUCUGCAGGAGAUGAUCCCCCCAAAGGAGAUUUCCCUCUUCAGAAAAAAUCCCCGAAACUCUGUGGCUCCAACUACCCCCUGAGCAUUGCCUUCAUUGUGGUGAACGAGUUCUGCGAGCGCUUCUCCUACUAUGGCAUGCGAGCUGUCCUGACACUGUAUUUCUUAAGCUUUUUCCACUGGGAUGAGAAUCUCUCCACUGCUGUGUACCAUGCCUUUUCCGCGUUGUGUUAUUUCACGCCUGUCAUCGGAGCCAUCAUGGCAGACUCAUGGCUGGGGAAAUACAAGACCAUCAUAUACCUCUCCAUUGUGUAUGUUGUUGGCCAUCUGAUAAAGUCAGUCGGUGCCAUUCCAUCCCUGGGCAACCAGGCAGUUCAUGUGGUCCUGUCUAUGGUUGGUCUGUUUUUGAUCGCCCUUGGAACGGGAGGGAUCAAGCCCUGUGUCUCUGCAUUUGGUGGGGACCAGUUUGAAGAGGAACAUACCUCGGAGAGAAGCAAGUUUUUUUCCAUCUUCUAUUUAUCCAUUAAUGCUGGAAGUUUGAUCUCCACGUUUGUAACUCCCGUAUUAAGAGGGGAUGUGAAAUGUUUUGGAGAGGAUUGUUACGCACUGGCUUUUGGUGUCCCAGCAGCACUGAUGGUGUUGGCACUUGUUGUGUUCAUUGCUGGAAGUGGACUGUACAGAAAAACACCACCACAAGGAAACGUCUUGCUGGAAGUGUGCAAAUGCAUCGGUUUUGCUAUUAAAAACCGGCUGAAAAACCGCUCCCGUGAGAUUCCAAAGAGAGAUCACUGGCUGGACUGGGCAUCAGAAAAAUACUCAAAACAGCUGAUUGGGGAGGUGAAAAUGGUGACUCGUGUUCUCUUCCUCUUCAUACCACUGCCAAUGUUCUGGGCCCUGUUUGAUCAGCAGGGAUCCAGGUGGACUUUGCAAGCCACAAAAAUGAAUGCUGAUUUUGGAAUAUAUGUCCUUCAGCCCGACCAAAUGCAGUUCUUAAAUCCACUUCUUAUUCUUGUCUUCAUCCCAAUCUUUGACCUUUGGCUCUACCCCCUGAUAAGCAUGUGCAAAUUGAAUUUCACACCUAUUAGGAAAAUGGCAACAGGUAUGAUCCUUGCAGGGCUGGCCUUUGGACUUGCAGCUGUUAUAGAAGUCAAAAUAAAUGAAACCGAUAUGCCUCGACUUGUCCCAAAAGAAAGUUUAAUUCGGGUCCUGAAUUUGGCACAGAACCCUGUUCAAGUGACAAUCCAAGACAAGGACCUAUUUCAGCAGCCUGUGGAGCCUUUUCAGAACCCAGCUGAGUACUCAAAAUUAAUAUUGAAUGGAGAGCAACAGAGCCUUCACUUCACCCUGCAACAUCAAGGAUUGACUCUUGCUUUUAACUACACCGUGAAGGAAAAAUCAGUAUACAGCUUAAUUGUUUUUGAGGCAGAAGGAAGCCUAUCAAGCCGCUUAGUUACAGACUUGGAAGCAAAGCCAGAGAACGGUUUGGCAGCUGUUAGAUUCAUUAAUGGUUUGAGCCAAGAUGUCAACCUCACCAUCAAUAGCAAAAGGUUCAUUGCUGUUCAGAAAAAUUACAGUGCUUCUGAGUACUCACUGCUGGAGAGGGACACGUAUAACAAUGGAAAAUGCAUAACUGAAGCAGGAGAGUUCCCCCUGGAGCUGGGGCUGCUUGACUUUGGUGCCUCAUACACCGUUGUGAUAACUAAUAUUUCUGGAGGUGCUGUUGAGACGUGGAAGUCAGAAGACAUCAAAGCCAACAAUGUCCAUAUGGCCUGGCAGUUACCACAAUAUUUAUUGAUAUCUGCUGGGGAGGUGAUGUUCUCAAUUACGGGUCUGGCCUUCUCCUAUUCUCAGUCUCCAGCCAGCAUGAAGUCGGUGCUGCAGGCAGGCUGGCUGCUCACGGUGGCUGUGGGAAAUACCUUUGUGCUCAUUGUUGCCGAGGCUGCACCAAUGGCACAGUGGGCUGAAUUUGUCUUGUUCACUGUUCUCCUCUUUGCUGUGUGCAUUAUUUUCUCCAUCAUGGGAUAUUUCUAUGUCAGUGUGGAUCCAGAGGACCUAGAAGAAAAGGAAGAGAAGAGAGAGACCUCAAGCAGAGGAAACAUGAUUGGUCUUGUUACUCAGAAAACAAAGCUCUAACACAU